AUGUCAACGGUUUCUGAAUUAUCCUGCACCAACUCCACCAGACCAAAUUCAAGAUUUAGAUCCCAGAAUAUCGACAAUGUUUUGAGCAGUUUGAUCCUUGUUGACCAGAAAAGGAGAUUGGUUCAGAUUUUCCAGGAGCCUGUGAGGAGGCAAUGGAAUAGAUGGGAGCUAAGAGGAUUGGUACUCCUCAGCCUUGCACUGCAAAUAUCACUAAUCUACAGUGGUAACCGGAGAAAGUAUAUUGCCAAGAAAAGGAUCAGAGCUUUUAUUUGGUGUGCUUACUUGUUGGCAGAUUGGGUAGCCACGGUUGCCCUUGGCCUCCUGGUUGACCGGCAAGGGAGUUCCUACAAUUCUGGUCAAAUUAGCAACACCCCGUAUGGAGAUCUAAGGCUGAUGGCAUUCUGGGCUCCGUUUCUGAUACUUCACCUCGGUGGCCCGGACACCAUUACUGCUUAUGCUUUAGCCGAUAAUGAAUUAUGGUUAAGACACUUGCUUGGGCUUCUCGUCCAAACAGCCGCAGCUGUCUACAUCACUCUUCUAUCAUGGGACGACACUCUUCUCUCAUUCCUCACCAUUCCUAUGCUUCUGUGUGGGAUCAUCAAGUAUGGUGAGAGAACAUGGGUUCUCAUGUCUGCUGACCGGAAGAAUCUUCAGGAUUCCUUUCUAGGGGCUAGGCAUACAGGGGUCAAUUAUGCGAGGUUCAUGGAGGAGUUCAACUUAAGAGAAGCCGAGGGGUACUAUGUUACAGCUACUCAAAUGGAAGAGGGGAGCUCACCUCCAGAUUAUCUCAAAUACGUGACAGGUACUACUUCAUCCAUUUCUAAUCGUGAUGCAAGCAUAUUGCGCACAGCAGAUUACUUCUUUGAGACGCUCAAGUUCAAGCGGCUCCUUGUGGAUCUCGUCCUCAGCUUCCACGAACGAGAUGUGAGUCGAUCUUUCUUCCAGAGACAAGACUAUGCAACCGCGUUUCAGGUGAUUGAAUUUGAGCUUGGUUUUGCCUAUGAUGUCUUCUACACAAAAGCACCUAUCUUAUAUACUCCGUUCGGUUUGUUUUCCCGUCUCUUCACUUCCUUCACCACCCUCUCUGUGCUGGUGACUUUCUUUGUAUCCGUAAUAGGUGCGAGAUCACAUAAACAUGUAUUUCUUGAUGUGGUGAUUACUUGCAUUUUGCUAAUAGGUUCUAUUUUUCGAGAAUCAUACGCAGCCAUAUCUUCACUUACCUCUGACUGGGCAAUUAUAUGGUUCAGUCAACAUCCUUCUAAUAUUCCUAUGUUUUGCCACUCAGUCAUGUCACUCCAAUCUGCACAGAAAGAAAAAAGAUGGUCACACUCUAUGUAUCAAUACAGCUUGUUAGAUUUUUGCCUCACUCAGAAAUCCUCAGCAUUUUACAAAAUCUCGAAGUUCAUCCCUUUGGGUAAAAUGCUCAAGAAUUUAUGGGUUAAAUACUGGGUGAGUUUUCGCCAUCCGAAACAUCUCAAGAUAUCACCCAAGCUGGCAUCUUUUAUUUUUGAGCACUUGCUUGAAAAUUCUACGGACCCAGAAUUGGAUCUUAAGAUCUUGUCCACCUGCCCAGGGGCAGUUGCUCUAAAUACCCACAAAAAUUAUGGCAACUUAAAAUGGGCAGUUGAAGUGGAGUUCGACCAUAGCAUUCUCAUUUGGCAUAUUGCAACUCAUCUCUGUUAUGAGCGGGAAGAAAGUAAGAACUCGAAUUGUAAUGAAAUCAAACACGAAUGGGUGGAUCACAUGCUACACAGCAAGCAAUUAGCGGAUUACAUGUUAUAUCUGUUGGUCAAGUGUCCUUUCAUGUUACCCAAUGGAAUUGGAAUGGUUAGAUUCCAAGACACCUGUAUUCAGGCCCUGGCUUUUUUUGAUGAGAAACGUUGUGCAAGUAAACUUGAGGCGUACAGAAUGUUAGGACAAGUGAGCACCAAAUAUUUUCCUGGGACACUGAAGGUGGAUGAUAUGAGUGAAUCAGUACUGUUUAAGACUUGCAACCUUGCAGCUAAAUUGAACAGUAUGAAUGAUCCUGAAAAGAUGUGGAAGAUGGUGAGUGAUGUGUGGGUGGAGCUUCUUGGGUAUGCAGCAGGUCAGUGCAAUGGAUUUGACCAUGCUCAACAGCUUCACAAGGGUGGAGAGCUUCUCACUCAUGUAUGGCUUUUGAUGGCACAUCUUGGCCUCACCAAACACUUCAAGCUAGAAAGUCAUGGAAGAGCUAAGUUGAGGAAUACCUAA